AUGCCUGGCUAUCAAUUGAUUGAAAAUGCUAAUUUUGGAAGAAACAACUGGUGCAUGGGCCUACAACCGCUAUAUCAACAUGGUCUACUAACAAGUUUGAGUAACGGUGAAGUUCAUCUGUUGGAUUGGAAGACACACACGACUAUGACAAAGAUAAAAGUUGGAGAUGUCCCAAUUAACAAACUGAUAGUCAUAAAUAGUAAUUAUCAUAGUGAAUCAUUGUUUGCUACUGCAUCAUUAGAUAGCGUGAAAAUUUUCGAUAUUAGAGAUAAGAGUUGUAUAGCGACAAUACAUAACGAUAAAAAUUCACCAUUCUUAUCGUUAGACUCCAGAGAAGGAAGAUUGGCAUGCGGUACAGAAUUAAGUGGUGUUGAUGCAGAAUUAUUUAUAUAUGAUAUCCGGGAUUUCAGUACUCCGACAAGAGGUCUGGUUGACUCCCAUCAUGACGAUAUUACUGACAUUAAAUUUCAUCCAUCUGAUAAUAAUAUACUUCUAAGUGGGUCUACAGAUGGGUAUACUAACAUAUAUGAUUUAACUGAAGAGGAUGAAGACGAUGCUUUGCAUCAAGUUAUCAACUAUGCAUCAAUUCACUCUUGUGGUUGGAUUUCGCCUCGCAGAAUAUACACUUUAUCACAUAUGGAGACAUUUGCUAUUAGUGAACUUAAUGACAAAUCAGAAGAAUUGAAAGAACCUCAACCAUUAGAUUUUGGAGAUAUCAGAGAUAGUUGGGGAUGUAAUUACGUGGUGGAUAUAUAUCCGGGUUAUAUUGCUACAGGUAAAUCACAAGAAGGCAAAGGAAGUUUGAAUAUUAUGCCAUUAGUGGACGAAACCCCGCAGAUAGGGUCAUCAAUAACCAUAAAUGACGCUCAUGGGGAUGAUGUGAUUAGAGAUGUGUUUAUUCCACCUCAGGAUUCACAAAUAAUGUAUUCAUGUGGUGAAGAUGGUAACGUAAAAUGUUGGAAGAAUACGACUGGAUCAUUGACAAUUCCAGAGGGGUUCUGGGAUUAUUCGAAUAAGUUCGAUGUAUUUGAUACUGAAAAUGAUUUAUCGAUGGAUGUAAACGGUUCAGUUGUAGCUAUCGAAGAAGAAACUCCCGAAAGACACAAGAAAAAAUCAAAGAAAUCAAAGAGUAAGAAAUCAAAGCAUGUACCACGUUACACCCCAUACUGA